AUGGCCAUGCAUCAUGCCUCCUUCUUUUGUCACACUGGGCAGAGGCAGAACUACCAAGGGGGGCCCACUGCUGCCCAGACCAGCAAUGAGUUAUACCCUGAACCCCCGCAGACCAUUUUGAAAAUGUUGGAUAUUGCCCAGUGCAGAGAACAGAAUGGACCCCACUGCCUGAGGAACCUGCCUCUUACCUUUGGCUUAAUAAAUCUGCCCCUGAGUGUCAAACUCAGGAAAGCACAAGGAUCGGGGCCCCCUGUCAUGGACAGAGCAGAGGCCUUGGUGUUCCUGUCCCCACCAAGUUUGAAGUCUCGCAUGAAGAGAGAAACUGUAAGUCCAAGUGAUCUAAUGGCAUUCUUCAAGCAACCCGUGGCAAUAAGCAGAAAUGCAAUUCGGGCGGCUGAUUACAUGGACCUCACUCUACUGCUUGUAACUGAGAAAGUGAAACUGAUCCACCCAGGCCCCUUCAAUAUCUCAGAUAUUCUCACAUAUGAACAGAAAGAAAUUAUUUACAAACUAAGUGGAUGCGCCUACCUGCACCUCCCUAAGAUUUGCGAUCCCUCACCUUACCGCAGCAUUACUGGAGAGUGUAAUAACAUAAAGAAACCCAUCCUUGGGGCAUCCAAUACAGGUUACACACGUUUGCUGAAUCCAGAAUAUGAAGAUGGAGUCUCACUACCUCGGGGUUGGACUCCAAACCUCAUCAUCAAUGGAUUCACUCUACCCUUGCCACGCGCAGUGUCAAAUGAAGUUGUAAGGUUUUCUACUGAGACCCUGACACCGGAUGUUGAGAGAUCACUCAUGUUCAUGCAGUGGGGUCAGUUCCUGGAUCACGAUACUGACCUUUCUCCAGACACCCCUUCUAGAACAACUUUUUUUGAAGACACGGACUGUGAGACCAGCUGUGCUCGGUCACACCCCUGCUUUCCUCUGAUGAUUCCACCAAAUGAUCCUCGGAUUACAAACAGAAAUGACUGUAUCCCAAUGUUUAGAUCAGCACCAGUGUGCAGUCUAAUCACUCCUGUACGUGAGCAGAUCAAUGUCUUGACCUCAUACGUUGAUGGAAGUCAAGUCUAUGGCAGUGAUGCAGCAGUGGCUACCAAGCUUCGGAACAACACAAACCAACUGGGCCUGCUGGCCAUUAAUCAGAACUUCACAGACAAUGGGCAUCCAUUCCUGCCUUUUACUGGGAAUAAGAAGGACAUAUGUUCCAGGACAAACAGAUCGUCCGGAAUUCCUUGUUUCCUGGCAGGUGAUUCUCGUGUCAAUGAGCAGCCUGGUCUUACUGUAUUUCACACACUCUUCCUGAGAGAACAUAAUCGUAUUGCAACGGAGCUGCACGCCUUAAACCCACAUUGGUCUGGGGAGACGCUGUUCCAAGAAACCCGAAAGAUCAUAGGCAGCAUCUUGCAGAAAAUCACAUACAAAGAUUGGCUGCCACUGCUGUUGGGCAAUGAGAUGCCGCAAGUUCUUCCUGCAUAUAGGUCUUACAAUGAGAGUGAAGACCCACGGGUGUCCAAUGUCUUCACUAUUGCCUUCAGAAUGGGUCAUACACUGAUACAGCCAUUAAUUUACCGAUUAGCGGAUGGUUACAUCCCAUACAGCCCAGAACCAACAGUCCCACUGCAUAUGACAUUCUUUACCAACUGGAGAGUGGUGAAACAAGGUGGAAUUGAUCCUCUGCUCCGGGGCAUGAUGGCCAAUCGAGCCAAAUUAAACCGUCAAAACCAGAUGGUGGUUGAUGAGCUAAGGGAACGACUCUUCAAGUUGGUCAAGCGUAUUGGUCUCGAUCUAGCUUCUCUCAAUAUACAACGAGGUCGGGAACAUGGAUUGCCAGGAUACAAUUCAUGGAGGAGGUUCUGUGGCCUUUCUGCACCUCGUAAUGUGGAGGAAUUGGCCACUGUGCUUAAUAAUAAGAAACUCGCUGAAAAAUUGAUUAGUUUAUAUGGAACACCUGAAAACAUUGAUGUCUGGGUUGGAGGAGUCUCUGAGCCCCUGGUUCCCAAUGGAAGAACCGGGAAGUUGCUUUCUUGUCUGAUUGGAAAUCAGUUCCGUAGGGCUCGAAAUGGAGAUCGGUUUUACUAUGAAAGUACCACAGUGCUCAGUCCAGCGCAAAGAAGCUCAAUAGACAAAGUGAACAUGGCCAGUAUCAUAUGUAGUAAUACUAACAUCAAACAGGUCCCUCGCAAUGUCUUCAUGGGGAACAAGUACCCUUAUGAUUUUGUCAACUGUAUCAGCAUCCCAUCGCUGGACCUGCGUCCUUGGACAGCUUGAGACAGAGACAGUCCUGGCUUCUGUUUGAAAGCACUGAGAAAACGGAUGUAUCCAACAUCGACAGAUAAAGAAGAUGCCAGUUAAUUUUCU